UCUCUGUAAUCCGGGCAGUGUGCUCGCUAUUUUAUCUACAUAAGAAAGAAAACAGGAGAGAGGUUUAAAUAAAAAAGAAGGAAACAGAAUCCUGAGGAAUUCCGGAGGGACGCAGGCACGGGAUUUCCUGCAGAGAGAGAGAGAGAGAAGUGAAGCGGAGGGGAAACAUUAGGUGGAUGUAAAAGUUUGGUGGAUGUUAGAGGAGAAAAUGGCUGAGCACAAAAACACAGAAAAACCCAAAGAUAAUGGCGUGGUGGAGGGAACACAACCUGACAGAAACAAUCCUGUCACCAUGGAACACAGGUUAAAUCUUGCUGCUGUUUAUGUAUCAGAUGCUCAGCAUAACAGGAACAUAAUUUUCGACACAACACCGCAGGCAGUGAGACUGUACCAGUUGUAUAAUCACUGGCUGCUGCGUGUGGGCGUCUACGUCUUCAUCAUGGUGUAUUUGGCACUUGCGCUGUUUGAGGAUCCUGCUCUCAUCCCACUGCCCCUGUGGGCAACUUCGGUGAUUGAGCUGCUCUGUCUCACAGUGUUUACGGUGCGGAUUGUACAUUUUGCUAAAAUAAUUCCUCAACGUGUUUUCAUCAGAGAUCCCAAAAACAUUUUCAUCAUUGUUAUCAUCAUGCUGUGUACGGUGGACCUGGGUGUGUAUGGGAUCCUGAAACUGUGUGGUGUCUCUGGUGUGAGAUGGUCCAGAGUGCUAAGGCCACUUUUGCUGAUCAACAUCACAGAGGGACGACAGCUCCGCAGAGCGUUCAGGAGUAUCCGUAAUGCGCUGCCUCAGAUCCUGGUGGUGUUUUGUCUCUUCAUGUUUAGUGUGUUGAUGUUUUCCCUCAUGGCUCUAAAACUGCUGGGCAAACGGAACCUUAAAACCAUAGAUGGAGCUCCGUAUUUUUCUGAUUAUCUAGAGAUUGUUUUUGAACUGUAUGUUUUAGUCACCACAGCCAACAGCCCUGAUGUCAUGAUGCCUGCGUACAACUACAGUUCGUUCUUUGCGAUUUUCUUCAUUCUGUACAUCGUCAUAAACACCUACACGUUUAUGUCUGUGUUUUUGGCUGUCGUCUACAACAACUACAAAAAGUACCUCAAGGAGGAGGUACGGCAGCUAGUGAGGGCCAAAAGGCAGAAGAUGGGUCGUGCCUUUUCUCUGUUACAGGAAGUGACCAGGGCAGAAGAGGAGCCAACUGUUACUCAAACAUGCUGGAACCAGUUAGUGUGUCUCGUUCAGCCUGACAUCAGUAACGCUCACCGCGAGCUUCUCUGGAGCGUUUCGGAUCCUGAAAGCGAAGGACGCGUUGGGAAGGUGACAUUUGUGCAGUUGGCUGAUUUGCUGAAUAUACAGGUGAUCACGCUGAAAUCACACCCACACCCAUUGCAGAACUGGAUACCCUCUCUCUACGUAUCUUCUGCCAGCAAAUGCAUCUGCAGAAUGGUCCGCCACAGGGCGUUUGUGUAUGUGUACGAUGUUAUAAUCCUGAUUAAUGCUGUAUUUAUCGGUCUGGAUGAAGAAAACCCUGCUGUGUCCACUGCUGAGUGGGUCUUCCUUACGUUAUACAUUCUGGAGAUUCUUCUCAAGCUCUAUACCUUUGAACCACGUGCCUUCUUUGCCAAACAUGAGUUCUGGAACUGGUUUGAUACAAUCAUCGUCGUCUCUGCUUUGCUGGCGACUAUCAUCAAUGCAGCUUUAAAAUCCUCUGGAGGAUACACCAGUCGUCAGAUCCUGGAUAUUGUCUUCAUCCUGAGAGUGCUGAGACUCAUCCGAGUGGUGGAUACUAUUCAGAGGUUCCGUGCAAUUAUUAACACUCUGAUAAAGAUCGGCGCACCGAUCCUGACCUUUGGUCAGCUCAUUCUGGUGGUGUAUUAUAUAUUUGCCAUGGUUGGAAUGGAGCUGUUUAAAGGAAAGGUGCAGUUUUUCGGAGCUGACUCGACCGACCCUGCGCGAGAGUACUGCGGAAACUUGCGGCUUAACGGUUCGGCCUUCGCCAGAAACAAUUACUGCAAAAACAACUUUAACGAUGUGGUGUCCUCCUUUAUCCUGCUGCUGGAGCUCACUGUUGUCAACCAGUGGCAUGUCCUGACUGGUGGCUUUACUGCCGUCACUCAUGGCUCAGCUAGAAUAUUCUUCAUCCUAUUUCACAUUGUGGUCGUCAUCAUCAUCAUCAAUAUUUUCGUGGCUUUUAUCCUGGAGGCGUUUUUUGUGGAGUACAUCCUGGAGAAGAGUGAACUGCAGACGUCGCUGGAGAAGAAAAUCGAGGAGCUUAACCUGUGUGUGGAGCAGAAUAUCGUUGAUGGUAAUCUAGUGGAUGCGAUGGAAACCCAAGACAAUGAGAUUGGUCCCAGUGAAGGAGUCAAAGCCAAGCCUACGAUAAUGUUCAAAAUCAGCUCCACAAGAUACAGGACCAUGGACGGCCUGUUACAGCGAAUGUUUGAAACCGAGAUGGACCUCAGCGCUGAUGACCUCGAGGCAGAAGAAAAAGAAAAUGAGAACUUUUCCAAUCCGUCUUUCAGCUCCUAACGAGAAAAGACAAAAUGUUUAAAAUAAGCUUUAAUUUUUCUACUCGUAUAUGAAAUGUAUGUAAAUGCAUAUUGCAUUAUUUUCUACUUGUGUAAUAUUGGAUAAGACUGACAACUUUUGGACUGUGAACAAUCAGCUUUGGUAAAUGAAACUGCUGCUGUUUGAAAAGAGGAUUUACUUUAUAGAUAAGAAUUAAAAGGAAAAACAUUUAUUCACAUAACAUUUAUACUACAAUAAAAUAAAUUUAUUACAA